CCCGGAGGACGACGAGAAGACCGUGCGGAGGAUGGAGAUCUCCCGCGGCAUCAUCUAUGGCGACGACACGGUCUUGCUCUACAACUUCUCCUACUCCGACUACGAGGACCUCGAUGAGGAUGACGACGAGAGAGAGCAACAAAUCGACGUAUGUUUCAACACGGCCGUCCUUCGUCCCGGAGAUACCGCGUGGAAGUUCGUCCACAGACCGUUGGAGGGGUACAGCGAGGACGAGGUGGAGGGGGAGUACGAAAUCUACGACAAUCGUUUCUUGGCUGCAUACCGUGUCGAUGAGAGGAAGACCCUACUGUGCGUGGACGGGGAAGAUCAACAUGGCACCUGGGCAUGGUACUUCCUUGCAGAGUGGGGACCUAGUGCCGCAACAGAUGACACAUACCUAAGGGAAGAGGUCGACGCCACCGGCUGGUACGUCGAGUCCAGCCAUAACCUCGAGUCUAGGGGCGAGCUGCUGCAGGUGGACUGUCGUGGUCCGACAAGACACGGGCUUCAUAUAUCAGGGCGCAGAAGCCCAGGCGAGCGCGCUGGUGGUGUGGGUGCACGCGUGGGAGGAAGGGGUGGAUGCAAACGGUGAACGAAGGUUUCGGUGGGUGAGGAAGGAUGGUCGGAGCUUCGCGGACCGCGUCAUGUUUUUGGGGUUCCCAACUAGCUUCGCUGUGGAAGCCACGAGGUUCCGGGGCGGGGAGGACGACGUGAGCGGCGGGUGCGUCUACUUGCUCCAUCACAGAAAGUCCGAGUUACAUGGCUUGGCAUCGCAUGGCGUCUUCAGGUACAAUCUUCUCGACGACAAGGCUAAGUUCAUUGAGCGCCUGCCUCCGUAUCCGGAGUCGAGCGGCCAGAAAAGUGAGGCUUGCAUGUGGUUCAUGCCCCAGCCUUCCAUUGCUCCCAUCCAGGUAAUUAGACAAAGGCGAGAGGCUCAAGAGGCAUGCCAUCCAAUGAGAAUUAGCACUAUCCGUAUGGAUAGACAACCAAAACUAUCCAUGGUGCCCUUCUUCAGUUUCCUCGUGCAAAACCUACCUCCGGGCGUCGAUAGCUCUCGGUUGUGCUCCUUCUUCAAUAAGCAUGGCAAAGUAUCCGCUGCCGAGGUGAUCUCACCAAGAACGGCACGUAUUACCAUGUUCAUGGAGACCGUCGACAGAUUAGAUGACGCCGAGGCCACUCUCGAUGGGCUGGUCUUGGAUGGCUGCACCCUGACAGUGAAGUGGUGACCGCAAAGGCGCCAUUUGCCAGUGUUCAAAUGGCCACCUA